GUUAAGAGUAGUCUAUAUCCACAAAGUUUGAAGGAGACGUUGCGUUGGAUGUUUUAGAAGGCUGCAGCUGAUGAAGUGGGUGGCAACUUGAAAAAGUGAAAAGAAAUUUACUGGCUUUAAUUUACUUAUUCAGUCGAGCUUUUUAUUCCCGACCAAACCUAAUUUAAGGCUGCAGGAAUUGCCUGUUCAGAGUGAUGGGUGCAGUUCUAAGUACGAUUACUUGGCCAGUAACUGCCACUAUUUCAUGGCUGCUGCACCUGCUUGGCUUUGGAAAAAAGCCUCUUCCAAUCACCCUUGAAAACCCAGAUAUAAAAUACCCACUGAGGCUGAUUGAUAAAGAGAUCAUUAGCCAUGACACAAGAAAAUUCCGCUUUGCCCUUCCAUCCAAGGACCACAUAUUGGGACUUCCUGUUGGACAACAUAUAUACCUGUCUGCUACUAUUAAUGGAAAUCUUGUUGUUCGACCCUAUACUCCUGUUUCUAGUGAUGAUGAUAAAGGCUGCGUGGAUCUCGUUAUUAAGAUCUACUUUAAAAAUGUUAACCCCAAAUUUCCAGAAGGAGGGAAGAUGUCUCAGUACUUGGAAAGCCUUGACACUGGGGACACUGUGGACUUUAGAGGUCCAAGUGGUUUGCUUGUCUACAAGGGAAAAGGAAUAACACCAAUGCUACAACUUAUACGAGCUAUCAUGAAGGACCCAGAAGAUCACACCAUUUGCUAUUUGCUAUUCGCUAACCAGACAGAAAAAGAUAUCUUGCUGCGCUCGGAGCUUGAUGAUCUGCAGUCUGGUCAUUCAAGGCGCUUCAAGCUGUGGUACACGUUAGACAGAGCACCAGAAGAUUGGGAGUAUAGCCAGGGCUUUGUAAAUGAAGAUAUGAUCAAAGAACGCAUGCCUCUUCCUCAUGAAGAUACAUUGAUCUUGAUGUGUGGACCUCCUCCAAUGAUAGAAAACGCCUGCAAGCCAAACUUAAAGAAGCUGGGCUACACAGAUGAUAUGAUGUUUGCUUAUUAAUUCACACGGUGCCUGCAAGUAGUGGAGCUGUUCUUCCCAGCAAAGCUGGAAGUCUGUUAUAAACUGAUGUGGUAGAAACCUAUUGGGUGGGUAGGUGGGUUGGAAGUCUGAAUCCUGCUUGAUUGAUUCACAUGUAUCCUCAUAGAGAAGAUAUAGAACCAAAUUGCUCAUAACACUACUAUCUGUUCCUACCAGCUAAGUUUCCAGAUGUUCCUCUUUGAUUUAACAGUUUGAGUUUUUGAUAUUCUGUCUCUGGGCACCCAGAAGUAUAUGUGUAGCUGACUCCCAGUAGGAAAGGUGCAAUUACACAAAGAUGAUGGGAUUAUCUCUGAGAUGCAUUUGUGCUACAUGACAUUUUCAUUUAAUGGCUGUUAACAGCAUGCCCUGGGUUUUGUACCAUUUUCCCAAGAACUGUACCAAAUCUGGCUUUGUUGGGAAACAAGACUUCAUAUGAAGGUGCUAGUGGAUUUUGCACUGUAUUGUCUGCUGCUUUCAGUAUGCUGUCUUUUGCUUCAGAGGUGUAGUUUCUUGGGCAUACAUUUAAUUAUAAUGUGCAAGGUUGUUUUACAUGAAAUAUUAUUUACGUAUUUGUUUUUAUAUGCAUCUCUGUAUUCAUUUAAGGCUUUUUUCACUGAACAGUGUAGACUAAACCCACAUUCCACACUUAGCACCUCACACUCCCCUUCGGCAGAACCACAGCUUCUGACCAAAGCCUGCACACACAGACAUCUGGUUACACUUGUGCCAGAAUGCAAGAAGCUUUAAGUUCUCAAACUGCCAUUUUCUUUUGUGAUAUAGAUGUUGUGUGACAGUGACUGCCAUUUUAAAGCUAUGUAACUGUUCAAUGUUCUCAUGACAUACUAGCAAGCCAUAUAUUCGGGUCAGUAGGUGGAGGAGAACUGCUUAACUCCUGAACCUAUAUUAAGUAUAACACUAGAUGUUUGGCUGCUGCUUCACAAGAAGAUCUUUUACCAACAUAGUUAUCCUUUAUAAAUGCAAACAAGUCAGAAAUGUAAACACGUGUGAAAAAAAAUGUAUAAAUGCAAUACUUUAAUUUAUGUCCACUUUAACAUUUUCUAUUUCUGUCCUGAUGAGGGGUCAUAUUUUUUCAACCCAGCAGUCAUCAUCUUCUUUCACUGCCUGGACAGUGACGCUUCUUGAUGAUUGCUGUCUUUGAAGGCAGUUUAAUAGUAAGCAGUAUUUUUUUAUUUAUUUAUUUUUUUUUUAUAUGCCGACCUUCCCUCUUUUGUGGCUUCCUUUACUGCUGUACUACAGACAUCUGCACAGACAGCAGCAACAUGUUCUUAUACCACAUAGCCACUCAGAUGGUUUAAAAUGUUUAGGACCAUGUAGAUUGUUGCACAUUGACACAGCUAUCAGUCACCAUUCACCUUACUCUUAGCAUGUAUCUUUUCUUUUAUACUAUGCUGCAGCCUAUCUUUCAUAAAGCAAGUAGAUAAAGUGGUUUGUGGAGUGUUUUAAUCAUUAACUAGGUAAACUGUUGAAAAGGCUUUGAUAUAGUCUAACUUAAAAAGUCAUAUACAUGCUGCAGUAUUAAAUUUGUAGGCACGUUCACCUACAAGGUGAUCCUGGGGCAUUAGUGCUGCUUCAAGGCAUCAGCUUUAGCUGCAGAUCCAUUAUAUAACAAAAAAAGAACAAAGAGAAGAAAGGGCAGGAACUGGCUUUUCUUUUAAGGGCAUUCAUGUUACCUGUAACAGCAAACCUGGAUAAGUGCUUCUAAGACACGAAGAUGGUAAAAAAAUGUGGAAACUCUGGCUGUGAAGUAGAACAGGAUGAGGUUUUUGCAGAGAAAGUGUAUGACCUCUACUAGUUUGACAAACAAGCUAAUGUUGAGUUUCUGUAAGUUAAAUGCAGUCAUUCCUGCCUGGUCACACAAGUCUAUGUAUAAUAAGCAAAGGUAUCAUGUUAUAAAAUUGAUUUGAAAGCUU